AUGCCAGGUAAAAACACUCAAAUACCCCAGGCGAGUAGAAGACUAUCUUCAGAAUCUCGCACUGAUGUUAAAUCAGUCUGUCCCAUGGAUUCUGGGGGGGACAAUUAUUUGGCGAAGAAACCUAAGAAAAAUAAAAGUAAUAAAAUUUUGUACAUAUCAACAUACAAUGUACUGUCAUUGCUGUCGGAAGAACGAUUAACUGAACUUGAGUGCGAACUAGAGAAUAUCAAGUGGGAUAUCGUGGGUCUCAGCGAGGUUAGAAGGCGCGGAGAACAACUCAUUACUUUAAAAUCUGGCCACAGUUUCUAUUACGUAGGAGAUGACAAUAGCUCAGUAGGAGGAACUGGUUUUCUGAUACAUAAACGUCACAGAACAAGCAUUUUGUCUCUGAAGAAAUUCUCCACAAGAGUAAUAUGCCUUGUCCUUAAACUUAACACAAGAUAUAAUAUAAAAAUUAUACAAGUUUACGCGCCUACCUCGGAUCAUACUGACGAAGAAGUAGAUUUGUUUUACGACGACAUCAAAAAUGCUCUUAGCGAUCAGCAGGCACAUUAUAGUAUUCUAUGUGGUGAUUUCAAUGCCAAGAUGGGAACGAGGUCGGAUGUUGCUGAGUUCUCACUGGGAAACUAUGGACUGGAGGGAAGAAAUGAUAGAGGUGAAACAUUGCUUGGUUUCCUGCUGCAGAACAACUUAUUCCAAAUGAAUAGCUUCUUUCCUAAGAGACCAAAUAGGAGAUGGACAUGGAGGAGUCCGGAUGGACGAACAAAAAAUGAAAUAGAUUUCAUAAUCACCAACAGAAGUCACAUAGUUAAAGACGUGUCAGUAUUGAACAAGGUAUCCACCGGAAGUGACCACAGGAUUGUAAGAGCUAAAUUAAUGAUUGACGUCGGUAAAGAACGGCAUAGGCUGAUCAAGAAGACUAACAGCGACAGACCAUGGAGGAGCCCACCGGACACGGUCUGCUUCCAGCAAUACAUCUCAAAUAGGCUGGAUGACACCAAACCAGAAGAGGAUAUCAAUGUCCUGAACGAGACCAUCACUACUGCCCUGAUAGAGAGUCAAAAUAUAUACUGCCCAAGAACCAAGAAAGAAUCGAAAUUAAGCGAAGCCACUAUGCGGAAAAUGAAAGAAAGAAGAGACAUGAAAAGUGAAGAAAUGACUACUGCUGAAGAACUAAGACAGAUUAACAGAGAGGUAUCAAAAGCUAUCAGACGUGACAUUAGAGCGUAUAACCAAGAUAAGAUCGAAAAAACAAUAGAAAGCAACAAAAGCAUGAAGGUCUUACGUAGAGGAUUGGAAGCUGGAAAAAAGCAAAUGACGAAGGCAAAGGACAAAAACGGGCAUAUUACAACAAACAGAGAGGAUAUUUUGAGGAUAGUUGAGGACUUUUACCACCUACUAUAUAAAAGCCAGAAUGAAGUUAACUCAGACUCGAGAACAGAAUUAGAGCUCCUGACGAGUAAAGAAGGCAUCGUUAAUCAAGGAUCAGAAGAAAUGCCUGAUAUUACUCUCGACGAAAUAAAGCUGGCUCUGAGGAAAACAAAAAACAACAAAGCCCCUGGAGAGGACUGUGUGGUUGCCGAUGCAGUUAAGAUAGGUGGUCACUGUCUACUCAGGAAAAUAGCAAGGCUUUUUAAUCUCUGUCUCUUUAACAGCACCAUACCAGAAAAGUGGUACAACGCCAUCGUGAUCUUGAUUCACAAGAAAGGAGAUUCAGCGGAACUGGAGAACUACCGACCAAUAAGCUUACUUAGCCAUCUUUAUAAACUCUUCUCGAGAAUUAUAACUAAACGCUUAGAGAACAAAUUAGAUUUUUAUCAACCCAUAGAACAGGCUGGGUUCCGCAGAGGUUUUGGAACCAAUGACCAUCUUCAGAGCAUCAAAACUGUGAUCGAGAAGUCCAUAGAAUAUAAUAGGCCGCUAGUCAUUGCCUUUGUGGACUUCCACAAGGCCUUUGAUACUGUUGAGUUGAGUGCAGUCUUGGACUCCUUACAAAAGUGCAGGGUGGACUAUCGUUAUACAAAACUAAUAUAUAAUAUAUAUAAAAAUGCUACCAUGAUGGUUAGAUUGCACGAAAACACCAACCUCAUAAGAAUCGGUAGAGGUGUACGACAGGGGGAUACUAUGUCACCCAAAUUAUUUAUCACUGUUUUGGAGAGCGCCUUCAAAAUGCUUGAAUGGAGCGGAAAGGGUUUAAAUAUAGAUGGCUUGAACUUAACAGAUCUGCGCUUCGCGGAUGAUAUAGCUCUGUUCGCUGACAACCUACAAGAUAUCAGGAAAAUGUUGGAAGAUCUUCAGGAAGUAUGUGUUCAGGUCGGGCUCAAAAUUAAUAUCUCCAAGACAAAAUUCAUGACGAAUCUGGUCCCUAGUGCAAAUAUUGCCAUUGGUGACCAUGAUGUGAAUUUGGUGGAUAGAUACAUAUAUCUGGGUCAUGAAAUACGAAUCUCGAGAGACAACCAAACAUGCGAGUUGAAGAGAAGAAUAACGCUUUCUUGGGCUGCGUAUGGCAGACUUGGGGGUGUGUUUAAGAGUAACCUCCCGGUUUGUCUGAAGCGAAGGGUAUUUGAUCAGUGCAUUUUGCCGGUUAUGACCUACGGCGCCGAAACCUUAACUCUAACCGUCACAUCUGCUAAGAAGCUCAGAGUUGCGCAACGUAAGAUGGAAAGAUCGAUGCUCGGUGUGUCACUUCGUGACCACGUUAAAAAUGAGGACUUACGGGUGAGAACAGGAGUCACAGAUGUUAUUUACCAGAUAGCUAGGCUCAAGUGGAACUGGGCUGGGCAUGUAGCACGGAUGGUAGAUGGACGAUGGACAAAGAGGCUGCUCGAGUGGAGACCAAGAGCCGACAAAAGAAGCAGGGGAAGACCUCCCACGCGAUGGACUGACGACAUCAAGAGGAUGACCACAGACUGGAUGCGGAGUGCUCAGAAUAGAGGACAGUGGGCAGAAAUGAGGGAGGCCUAUAUCCAGCAGUGGAUGCAAAGGGCUGAUUGA